AACGAAAACACUGGAAGAUCCUAAAGCUCCACUUAGCAACUACUCUGUAGAGUCACGAAGCUGGGAGUAUGGAAGCGAGUUCUGAUCUGGAUAGAAUACUACCAAUCGCUUCUAGAGCAUUAUUAUGUGAAGGAAACAAAGAUUGGACCUUGGCAUAUGUAAAUUACUGUAAAGUGAUAGAGGAAAUGAAAAAAUCUUCGGAAAUGCGUACUCGCCAAGGUUUUGCGCCGUUGAAAGGAGCAGAAGAGUGUUCAUGGAAUGGACUUUAUGACAACUGUGUCAACAAAGCUGGGAGACUACGGAAGUUAAUUUUGGAAACUGAAAUGGAAAGGCAAAAUUUCCAAGUUACACCAAAAAUAACACAAAAGAAGUCUUCGAUUGACUAUCAGAUACCUAUUCCAGGCCGUUCGCAUACUCCCUUGCAGAAUUCUAUAAGUGGCCGGUUGAUUUAUAAGCAGCCAAGAGGUGUACAGUCGGAAACAAACCUUUCGGCAACUCCUCGUUCCUAUGGAUCAGCAUAUUCUCCUCCUUCUGCCUCUGCUGCGUCGGCGGCGACUUCUUCUUUUGGAGAUUCCUCGUUCUUAUCAAAGCGCUCGCCUGGAUUUGGCAAAACAGAGGACCCUUUUGCUUCAUUCAAUUCAUCGGCUACGAAGGUUUCCGAUUCUGCUCGGGCAAAUACUACAGGAUCACCAUUCUUUCUUUCAGGCUCACCAGAUUCAGUGAAUCAAACAUACCCAUUUACCUCAGCGAAGUCCCAUCCUUUGCCCAAGCCUCCUCCUAUACAACAUACUGUCUCUUCGGUUUGCAUACCACUUUCUAAAACCAACUCCUCCACUCCUGCUCAACCUUUAACUUCGCCACCACCACCUCCAAAGUCUACACCCUAUAGCCCGGCAGCAUAUCCUGUAUCUCCUUUUGAUCGACAAACCUUUAUGAACAACUCAAAGUCAUACUCUUCUGAUACCAAUCCGUAUAUUACCAAGGGGGCUCCUAACGACGUCAACGACUUUACUCCUACUCCGCCCUCCUCAGGCGAUAUUAAAUCUUCACCCACAACAUCGCCAAUCGAUUCGAAUGAUCUUCCCUUCAUAAAGCAAACUGCUCGACAGACUCAACAUCCAACCGGCUCAUCAGGUCCCACAACUCAAUCUGAUAAUUCCCAAAACAAUCAACUAAGCGAUUUUGAAUCUGCUAUUAUGAGCGAAAUUGUAGCUAAUCAUGAUCCAGUUUAUUGGUCAGAUAUUGCUGGGCUGGAAGAAGCUAAAAACUCCUUAAAAGAAGCCGUUAUUUACCCGUUUUUGCGACCGGAAUUGUUUAGAGGUCUUCGCGAACCUGUACAAGGUAUGCUGCUAUUUGGACCUCCUGGAACUGGUAAGACUAUGCUUGCUCGUGCUGUUGCUACGGAAGCCAAAGCGACUUUUUUUUCAAUCUCGGCUUCAUCUUUGACAUCAAAAUAUCUUGGUGAUUCUGAAAAGCUUGUUCGGGCGCUAUUUGAAGUCGCAAAACGUCAAACUUGUAGUGUCAUUUUUGUGGAUGAAAUUGAUUCAAUUCUUUCUGCAAGAAAUGAUGCUGGUAAUGAACACGAGAGUUCAAGAAGGUUGAAGACUGAAUUUCUAAUUCAGUGGUCUUCUCUUUCAAACGCGGCUCCUGAAAAAGCUACAGGAAACUCUCCUCGAGUGUUAGUCCUCGCUGCAACAAAUCUUCCGUGGUGCAUUGAUGAGGCAGCACGUCGUCGUUUCGUGAAGCGAACUUACAUUCCCUUACCCGAACCAGAGACACGCCACAAGCAUCUUUCUCAUUUGUUACACAAUCAAGUACACGCUCUUACGAAUGACGACUUGAAUGAGCUUGUUGAAUUAACUGAAGGUUACUCUGGAUCGGACAUUACCGCAUUGGCAAAAGAUGCUGCAAUGGGCCCUUUGCGAAACCUUGGUGAGGCUUUGUUAACAACUAGCGCCGAACAAAUCCCUCCUAUAGAUCUUAAUCACUUCAAAACUAGUUUGAAAACAAUUAGACCUAGUGUUUCCUCGGAGGGUAUCUACCGUUACGAAGAGUGGAACAACCAGUUUGGUUCACAGCGUUGAGACCAAUUUUCACCGCCAUUUGAGACAAAGAUCUUCUACAUUCAUGUUUAAGGAUUGCCCUUUCGAUAUAAGCUAUUUAUUUAUCUUUUCAACAUUAAAUUUCCUUCUUUUUCUGUCGAUCCUUGAGAUGAUUUAUUUAUCUGUAUACGCUCAGUCACUGUCGCGUUUCUUCUGCAUUCCGUAAUAUACCACUUUACAUUUUGGGGCAUCUGAUGUUUAGCAGACAACAUCUGUACUUAUUUCGUUAUUUCAUUGAUAUCUCAUAUUUCUGAUUUGAAAAUAAUUCUUUCAAAAUUAACAACGCAUAUUACAGUUUUACCUCUUUAUCUUGCAUUCUUUUCAUGCCUUACUUGUACCUACUAAAUUACUUAAUUCAUUAUUAUUUUGGAAUGUUGAACGGAGUAUGAUAGCCUAAUAAUUGUUAUUUAACCUAAUAUGAUUGUAAACUAUUAAUUUA